AUGCAGCCACCCCGGACCCAGAAAGAGGUUCAAAAGCUAGCAGGAUCCCUAGCGGCAUUACGAAGGUUCGUCUCAAAACUUGCAGAAAGAUGCCUUCCAUUUUUCGGACUACUGAAGGGGGCAAAAAACAAGAAGUCGGUGGAAUGGGGUCCGGAGUGCCAGAAGGCCCUCGAAGAAAUUAAAGCAUAUUUGUCCAAACCCCCAAUCCUAACCAAGGCCCUACCUGGAGAACCAUUAUACCUAUACCUCUCCGCCGGACCUCUGGCGGUCGGGGCAGCCCUGAUCAGAGAAGAAUCUGGACAACAGAAACCAGUCUACUAUGUUAGCCAAGUUCUAAAAGACGCAGAAAUCAGAUAUCCUAACUUAGAAAAGUUUGCAUUCGCCCUAAUCACCGCUUCCCGGAAGCUUAGACACUAUUUCCAAGGAAGAGAAAUCAGGGUCAUUACGGAUCAACCCCUAAGGAAAAUCAUCCAUAAGCCAGACGUCUCCGGGAGGUUGGUAAAUUGGGCUAUCGAACUUAGCCAAUAUAGCCUCACCUUCCUCCCCCGGACAACAGUCAAGGCUCAAGUCCUGGCCGACUUCGUUGUAGAAUGCAACUUCCCAGAAAAUAAAACAUCUCCCAUGGAUACAGAACCGGAGAACAGAACCGAUCCGGACCCGGACUCCUGGAUCCUCCAUGUAGAUGGAUCAUCAACUACCGAGAGGUCAGGAGCGGGACUCAUCCUGAAGAGCCCGGACGGGUUCACAAUCAAGACAGCAAUUUCCUUCGGAUUUGCCGCUACAAACAAUCAGGCGGAAUAUGAAGCCCUCCUUGCCGGAUUAAGACUGACCAGGACCUUGGGAAUCCGGAGCCUAAUCAUCUAUAGCGACUCCCAGAUUGUUGUCAGACAAACAAACGGGGAAUAUCUUGCCAAAGAUCCAAUCCUGACAAGGUAUCAAGCUUUGGUGCAAAGCUACCUAGCCCGGGUCCCCGGACACAAAAUUCUUCAAGUUAACAGGGAACACAAUACCGAAGCAGAUAAUCUCUCCAGGUUGGUUCAAAAUUCGGCAGACCUGGACAGCUCGGUCUAUUUUGAAGAAUUGCACAAACCAACCAUAGAGAAUGAGGAAGUUUCAGAAAUUAACGAUGGUCCUAACUGGAUGACUCCCCUUAUCAACUACAUUGAGAAAGGAGAGCUUCCCGAAGACAAGGGGAAAGCACAACGGCUGAAGGCUAAGGCGGCCAAAUUUUUCGUCGAAGAAGGAACACUCAUCCGCCGGACCUACUCAUCCCCAAUCCUGAAAUGCAUAGGUCCGGAGGAGGCCGAAUAUUGUCUAAGAGAAGUUCACGAAGGAAUCUGUGGAGACCACAUGUCGGCAAAAGGCCUAGCAUAUAAAAUCAUCCGGCAAGGCUACUACUGGCCAACGAUUCAUCAGGACUCCGUCGAGUUCGUGAAAAAAUGCAAGAAUUGCCAGUUGUUCAGCAAUGUGCCCCGGGUGAGCCCGGUCCUCCCAUCCUCAGUCCUAUCCCCAAUCCCAUUUGCCGUUUGGGGAAUCGAUAUAAUGGGACCUUUCCCUCGGGCCAAUGGAGACCUCAGAUACUUACUGGUCUCAAUUGAUUACAUGACUAAAUGGGUAGAAGCUAAGGCAAUGAGAACCAUCAACCAACAGGACUGCAUAAGAUUCAUGGACAACAUCCUAAUGCGGUUCGGGCUCCCGAGGGUCCUGAUUUCGGACAACGAACCUCAGUUCAUAGGCUCGGACUUCGAAAACUAUCUAAAAGAGAGAGGGAUCAAACACAAGAAGUCAUCCGUCACAUACCCUCAAGGAAAUGGUCAAGUAGAAGUCACGAAUCGAAUCCUUCUCCGGGGCAUCGAGAAAAGACUAGAAGAAAGCAAAAGUAAAUGGCCGGAGGAGCUACCACACGUCCUUUGGGCAUACAGAACAAGCCCCCGGACAAGUACCGGAGAGACCCCCUUCAAGUUAGCUUACGGAACAGAAGCAAUGCUCCCGAUCGAGGUCGGAUCCCCCUCCCACAGAGUAAUUAACUUCGACGAAGUGGCAAAUGAGGAAGGAAUCCGGGUCAAUCUAGACUUAGUGGAUGAGGUCCGGGACCAAGCCAUUGAAAAGAUGGAAAAAUACAAGAAGAAGACCCGGGAUCACUUCAGCAAAAAGUCUAGGGUUAAAAACUUUCAAGUUGGAGAUCUCGUCCUCCGGGAUACUGAAGCCUCGGACCCAACUAACACCGGAAAGCUCAUGCCGAAGUGGGAAGGCCCAUACAGGGUCAAAGAAGUGCUAAGGCCAGGAACAUACAAACUGGAGCACAUGGAUGGCUCCGAAAUAUCUAACACCUGGCAUGGCCUCAGGCUCAGGAAGUUUUAUCAGUAA